UGAAAAAAGUUGGGUUAUGUCACAAUCAAGAUUCAAAGGUUAUUCCGUCAAGUGCCCUGAUGCAAUUUUAACAGGGAUUUCUUUUUCCAAAAACUCACACGAUAAUGGUAGAAACUAAGCCGGCGGAAGUGUCGGAGAAGGGCGACAGCAAAAAGGGGGCGAAGAAGGAGGCGCGCAAGGCCGAAAAGGAGGCAAGGAAAAGCGAACGUAAAGUGCAGGAGACGGUCGACAAUGCGUCCCCGGAGGAGGACGUCUCCGUGGGAAAGUACGGAAACCUGGGCCUAAUACAGUCCGGGUCUCUGUCGCCCAGUCGUAGCUUCACUGACGUUCGCUCGUUAAAUAGGAAUCUUGCCGGAAAGGAUGUCUGGAUCCGUGCCCGGCUGCAUACGGUGCGUGCUCGUGGCAAGCAAUGCUUUAUGGUACUGCGACAACGUGAGUUUACCGUCCAGGCACUCGUCAACGUUUCCGAGACUAUUUCUAAGGCGAUGGUUAAAUUCUGCAGCAAUAUUUCGAAGGAGAGCAUCGUCGAUCUAGAGGGUUCGGUGGUGGACCUCGGCAAGAAAGGCGUAGCCGGCUGUACUCAGGGCGAAAUCGAGCUGCUCGUCUCGCAAGUCUGGGUCGUCUCGGUUGCUGCGUCGCAGCUUCCCCUGCAGAUCGAGGACGCGAGCCGACCCGAGAAGUCCGACGAUGCGGAAAGUCUGAGGAUACGCGUCAACCAGGACACUCGCCUCGAUAAUCGCAUUUUGGAUUUGCGCACGCCGGCGAACCAGGCGAUUUUUCGACUGGAGGCGGGCGUGUGUCGGCUGUUUCGCGACACGCUCACCGUGAGGGGUUUCGUGGAGAUUCACACGCCGAAAAUUAUAUCGGCCGCGUCGGAGGGUGGCGCGAACGUGUUCGAAGUGAGCUACUUCAAGGGCUCCGCCUACUUGGCUCAAAGUCCCCAGCUGUAUAAACAAAUGGCGAUCGCCGCCGACUUCGAUAAAGUGUUCACGGUGGGCGCGGUCUUUCGUGCGGAAGAUUCCAACACCCAUCGCCACUUGACCGAGUUCACCGGACUCGAUUUGGAGAUGGCGUUUCACUAUCACUACCACGAGGUGAUGCUCACGAUAGGGGACAUGUUCAAUGCGAUUUUCAAGGGGCUUCGCGACGAGUACGCGGUGGAAAUUGCCGCGGUCGGAAAUCAGUUUUCGGUCGAGCCGUUCACCUUCCUAGAUCCGCCCCUGGUUUUGAGGUACAACGAGGGGCGCGCCCUUCUGGCCGAGGCCGGCGUCGAAAUUGGUCCCGAGGACGAUCUGAGCACUCCCGCCGAGAAGCUGCUCGGCCGUCUGGUGAAGGCAAAGUACGACACUGAUUUUUACAUACUCGACAAGUACCCGUUGGCCGUGCGACCGUUCUAUACCAUGCCCGAUCCGGAGAACUCCCUACUGUCCAACUCGUACGACAUGUUCAUGCGAGGCGAAGAGGUGAUGUCCGGGGCGCAACGUGUCCACGACCCCCAGCUGUUGACCGAAAGGGCGAAACAUCACGGAAUCGAUGUUAGUAAAAUUGCCGCCUACAUCGACUCCUUCAAAUACGGUUGCUCGCCGCAUGCGGGCGGCGGAAUUGGUUUGGAACGAGUCGUGAUGCUCUACUUAGGACUUGACAAUAUUCGAAAGACUGCAAUGUUUCCUCGUGAUCCGAAGCGCCUCACCCCUUAAACGCUUCAGAGUUGUAUUAAACUCAAAUUAUUAUUUAC